AUGUCAGAUCCAUCUAUCAUCUUCUUCAAGGGCUUGAAAUGCACCAAAGUCCCUCGAAUAUCACCCGUGGCAGCGACGACACGUUCAUCCUCCGGCUCUUCAGCUCUUCCCGUUGAGCCAAUUCCCAUCACAGCUUCCUCGGCGUCGAAUAUCACAUUACAAACACCUGUGUCAACCUCUGAUCCGACUUCAUUUAUUGAGACUUCGUUAUCCACGAGUUCUUCGACAUUAGAAAGGCCUUUAAAUACAUCAACAACAUCAUCUCUGACCCAACAAAAUACAAUCAGUACAACGUCAGCACCGCCUCUGACUACUUCGUCUACUACAUUCACAACCACACCUACAGCCACAUCAAUUCAUGAGCCUUAUUCUCCAUCAGAAUCACGGAACUCGUCCAGCUCUAGCAUUCUGGUGUCUUCCGGUAGCAUUGAACACCCUUCCCCGCUGCUCAUUUCAAUUACAACAGAGUCGAAGUCAGUGUCGUCGAGUUUAGGAACACACAGGGUCUUUUCUACCAAUUCGCCAACGGCAACAGGACAUGUUGCCGGAGCCAAUCCAUCGAAAACUCCGUCAGAUGGACUAGGGUAUAGUAACUCGAAUAAUACUCUUCGCACUGUUCUCGGCAGCGUUCUGGGUGCGCUGGCUUUUUUCGCACUCAUACUUUUGGCAUGCUUCCUUGUGUAUCGUCACAGGCGGCGAAAAUCUCGCAGCACCGCAAACUUAGGUGGCAGUGAGACACUGCUACUGAAUGGUCGAGGUUCUGCGGCUUCUUCAGCUAUGACACAUGGGCGCUGCCAGUCGGAUACCUCUUCCCACUCUACUCGUUCAUCUAUGCAUUCGCAUAUGCGUAAUUUCUCCGGGGCGCCGGCGCCACCCAGGUCAGCUCGAGUCGAAAAUCCCUUCUCCGACAUGCAAGAGAUACAACAUGAAAAAUUCGGUCCUCAUGGCAUGUUUGGUACAGUUCAAGAUCCGUUCGCCGAUCCAGAGCCCAACAGGGGGCCACCAUCCAUGAGGCAGGCUUCUCUAUCUGAACCAAGGCUUCAGCCAAUCCAAAAGAUGGUGACAACAAUCUCUGGUCUGCAAUUCAGUUCAGAUCAGGCGUCUCUGUGCAGCAGUGACCAGAGCUAUGGUAGCACCAUUAUUCUCCCCGGAAGAAGCAGCUUAGGGAGCCUUCAAGGGGCUCGCUAUCAACUUUCAAUCUCGGAACCGAGGUCAGCUAGACAGCGCGACUCGUUUGCGCGGGUUAGCACACGAAGUGAUCCAUUUGAUUUGGAACUUCCUCAGAGCGCAAUGCAGAGAGACACUUAUUUUCCAAUCAGAGAGGACCGGGUAUAG